AUGAAAGAUGAUCCAGGUAGUGGACAUUUAAUAACAUUUUUACAAUUUGUAUUUAUUGCUAUCGAUGGUAUUAUUUUUACAUCAAAAUUUGGAACAGAACCGACUAAAAUACCAUUAAAUAAUUAUCUGAUUUUAGUUGUAUUAUUCUUUGUUGCCAAUGUAUGUAAUAAUUAUGCUUUUAAUUUUAAUAUACCAAUGCCUUUGCAUAUGAUAUUCAGAGCUGGCUCAUUGGUGGCAAACAUGAUUAUGGGUAUUAUUAUUUUAAAACAAACUUAUACUUUUGAUAAGUAUUUAGCUGUAACAAUGAUAACAUUAGGAAUUAUAAUUUGUACUCUAAUGAGUGUCCAAGAAGUUAAAUCAACUGUGCCAAUUACUGAAAAUUCUGUACUGACAACACCAUGGGAUGAUUUCUUCUGGUGGAUUAUUGGUAUUGUAAUUUUAACAAUAUCUUUAUUUAUUUCGGCAAGAUUGGGUAUUUAUCAGCAAAUUCUGUAUUCACACUAUGGAAAGCAUCCUAGAGAAGCAUUAUACUACACACAUUUACUACCGUUACCAUUUUUCAUUUUUUUAACAUCAAACUUAUGGGACCAUAUAACAAAAGCGAUAAACUCACCUCCAAUAAUUGUUCCUUUUAUUGAAAUUACGAUGCCUAAGACAGUAGCUUAUUUAAUUGGGAAUACACUAUCUCAAUAUGUUUGUAUAAAUUCAGUAUACACUCUGACAUCGGAAUGUGCAUCUUUAACGGUUACUUUAAUAUUAACACUUCGAAAGUUCACCUCUCUUAUUUUCUCAAUACUUUACUUCAAAAAUCCAUUCACAACUUACCAUUGGAUUGGAACGAUACUGGUGUUUAUUGGUACGCUUAUUUUCAGUGAAAUUAUACCAAAAUUGCAGAGAAGAUUAAUUAUUAUGUUUGAAAAGAAGAAAAAGAUCAAUUAAAGAUAUACCAGUUGCA